AUGUAUUCGAAACAAUCUCUAAUUUCCAUUCACAAUUUCUCUUCUAAAACCCAAGAUCCUAAAACCCCAAAACCUAAUGAUAAACUAAGCAACCGAACAAGAUCUUCCGCGGCCGCAUCUCCGCAAACAAGACAGAUCUUGGACGCUUUCUCGAAGGCCGUCGGAUCAAAAUCUGCAUCGGAUCUCCGCAGCGUUGCGCUUCAAUCAAAAUCGGCCGUCGGAUCUCUCCAGGAAUUGGUCGCCCCCUCGCACCUCCACCAGAAAGCCACCUUUAGCAGUCGAUCUUCACCCACGAGACACAAAAGAGUCCAAGAUUCAGAUGCCCCGCGCCUCGCCGUGCCGCCACCUGCUGCGUUCGUCCCUUAG